AUGCAUCAUGAUGCCCAACGCACCGGGGGGGCUAGCACAACGAACAACCCAUUCGAGGAACCCCAGCGCCGGAUGUCCGAGUACACCGCCCAGGAGAUCGCUACACUGCAAGCACGGCUCGAUAAGAAACUUGGCCCCGAAUACAUCUCUUCGCGACCUGGUGCCGCGGGGACUAAGGUGCACUAUCUUGCGGCAGACAAGUGUAUCAACCUUGCGAACGAGGUGUUUGGGUUCAAUGGCUGGUCCAGUUCGAUUCAGAAUGAUAUUGGAUACGGUCACAUCGAGAACUGCAAGGGCAAGGCGGCGGGAUUUGAGAAGGCCAAGAAAGAAGGCACGACAGACGCUUUGAAACGCACCCUGAGGAACUUUGGCAACGUCUUGGGCAACUGUGUCUACGACAAGGACUACGUUUCCAAGGUGACCAAAGUCAAGGCUGCACCAGCUCGAUGGGAUAUCGAUGAUCUCCAUCGUCACCCUGAUUAUGCGCCAGUCAAGAAGGAGGCCGCUCCCCCAGUGAAGAGAGAGCCUGUCCCACAAAACCGGCCGCAGGAGGACGAUGAUCUUCUUCCUCCUCCUCGACCAGCAGGUACUGGAAAUCGCAGCAAUGCUGAGAGUAAUGCUGUAUUUGAGGUUGAUGGCGAGUUUGGCAGCGACCUUUUCGAUGAAGCCGAUUUCGUGGUAACGAACACGGGCAAUCCCGACGAGAUAAUAAUAGACUCAGACGCCAAUAGACGACAGCAACCGCCCACGCCGCUGAAUGGCCCCGGCGCACAGCGAGGCCCCCCGGGAAGAUUUGACGCGGCUGUUGUCACGCCUUCAAAGCCAGAUAGAUGGAGCGCGGCUGGAGCAACUGCUAGACCGCCACCACGAGGUCCUCAGAAUGCACAAACCCCGUCAGCAAUCCUCGAGCAAUCUGCAGCCCAGCGACGACCUAUGCCUGGGCCGGCGGAUGCUGUGCCAUCAGCAGCGCCCCAGCCACGGCCCCCUCAAAACACCAAUGGCCAGCCGCCAGCAAAAAGAGAACCCGGGCCUGCCAUCAACCAAGAUAUGCGUCCACCACAGAGCACCCCGUCCACAGGCUUCUACUCCGCGCGAGCAGUGGAUCUACUCCGCGAUAAUCCCGGUGGCGCACCACCGGCAGCAGCACCCCAAUUCGACCCACACGCCGAAAGCCCCUCAAUCCGCAAAACCGCAGGAGUGGACCAUACCAAGAGCCUGCCAAUCUCCAAACCCAUGCUCACCGGCGGCUCUCCCUCUGGAUCGUCCACCCGCGACUUCAUCAACCCUGCCGCAGAAAUGCAGCGCCGAGUCGGUGCUCCUGGUGUCGUUCCUGGAGGCGGAGUCGGCAGUCCCAUGAAUCGCGGCCAGUCUACUUCUUCAUACCGUCCCCUGACGCGGCCAAAUAACGAUUCGCGGAACUCGCCUGGCCCUGCGGCGGCAAUUAAUAGAGGUGGCAGUGUCCCUCCACCUCAGAAUAUGAAUGUGAACGGCAAAAGACCGCCCUUGAGUGAUGUCACAAAUGCAAAUGCGUCCCCCGGUUCACAUCCCCCUCCUUCAGAUCCUCCAGCACCGGGACCGAAUGAUCCUAAACGGCCGCGUGUUUCUGAUCCUGCACCGCAACAGCAGCAGCAGCAGCAACAACCUCCGCGACAAUAG